AUGGCUCGGCGCCCACGUCUGGCGGCUCAAGCGGCUCAAGCCUCGAUGCGUACUCCUAUCCCUAACAUAUCCGACAACGAGGACGAAGAGAUGCCAGAUGCUACACCGGUGGAGGCGCCUACACCACAAGACGAUGACGAAGACGCAGAGAAUGAAGAUGAAGAAGAUGGGAUGAACGAUGCAGAGGAAGCUCCAACUCCAUCACGAGAGUCAGAGCAGCCGUCUCGGUCCGCGACUCCUCGCCGCGGUCGACCCCCCUUACCCCGUGGGCGUCGAGGAGGCAGACUCGGCAGGCCCCCAAAGCAUCGUGUUGCGACAGCGUCAGACGAUGGAGAUAACGAUGCGGCUUCUGAAACAGCCACCCCAAAACGUAGAGGAGGUUUCCGGGGUCACAGGGGUGGGCGAUGGGCUAAAUACCGGGCGGGAGGGUCCCGGCCACAGCAAGCUCCUCUUGACGAUGACGGAAAUCCGAUGGAAAUUGUCAAUGACGAAGUUCUACUACCUGAGGACUCGGAAGGCGAGCAGAAGGUAGAUAAGAAUGGGCGUUUGCUGGGCGGUAGGGAAUAUCGGGUGCGAACGUUUACAAUUCUCGGCAGAGACGACAGACUCUACAUGCUAUCAACAGAGCCGGCGCGUUGUAUUGGUUUUCGCGACUCCUAUCUGUUCUUCCAGAAACACAGGCACCUCUACAAGAUCAUCAUUGACGACGAUGAAAAGCGGGAUCUCAUUGAAAGAGAUUUGAUCCCUCACUCUUACAAAGGCCGUGCCAUCGGAGUGGUAACGGCUCGGUCUGUGUUUCGAGAGUUUGGAGCCAGGAUCAUCAUCGGAGGCAGAAAGAUUAUAGACGACUACGAGACUAAGAAAGCACGGGAACGUGGUGAUGUCGAGGGUGAGAUAGCUGUCCCGGAAGAUCGCCUGCCGCCCCCUGGAGAGCCUUACAAUCGGAAUCAAUAUGUGGCGUGGCAUGGUGCCAGCGCAGUCUACCACACGAACGCGCCCAGUGUGCCUCUUCCUCUCGCGAAAGCGCAAGAGGCCAAGAGGCGAAAGAUUAUGGUAACGAGCGAUAACUGGAUGUUGGAACAUGCAAGGGAAGCCAGCCGAUUCAACGCGCAAUUGACGGCGAACCGACUGGAAAAUAUUCACGGUCUCUACGACAUACACACCAAUGUCAUGCAGUACCCAGCCCAUAUGCAACCCACGCAUGCACGAUGGGAAAUGGUCGAUGAUCGAGAGGCUACCCAAGAUCAGGAGAAAGCAGGGCGUUUACCUCACCUCGACCCUGUAUAUGGACGAAAUUUCCGGAUUCAUGAUCUAUGUCUCGAAUCGGCGCCGGAGUCCUGGUAUGGGACGCCUGGUACCACUGAGGAAGGGGGUACCCUCUCGUCAAUCCCAAUGGACAUCCUCGAAGAGCUUCCCGAUGACUGUUUGCGCGCGUUUGAAGAAGCCAAAUCACGCGAGCACGAAUGGCGGGAAAAGUGGCAUACGGAACGGGAAGAUGGGCUUAGAGCACACCUUCUGCCUUCGUUUGAAUGGUUUCCGAAGUGA